UCUUCUUCUUCUGGGACCAAAUCGCCAUCGCCGAUACCUCCUCUCUACACGACCAGCCGGCCACUGUUGCUGCUGCUGCUGCGCACGACGACUACGACGACGAUAACGACGAUGACGAUGACGACGGAGGAAGGAAGGAAGUGGGGGUGGAGGGAGGCCCUAAAGUAAGCAAGGAAACAAACAGCAGGGAUUGAUUGAUUACAACGAACACCAAGCCAGAGAGACAGACAGACAGAGAGAUAGACAGACAGAGAGAUCAAUUGAUAAUGAUGACCAAUCGUGGAUUGGCGGCGCUCUCUAAGUCCACAUCAUUCACAUUCAAUUCAAUUCAAUUCAAUCCAAUUCUAUUCGUCGUCGUCGUCGUGCUCACCAGUCACAGAGAGAAAGCAAGAGGAGACAGGGCGAGAGAGAGUGCACCGGGGCAGGGUGGUGUGCCGGAUGACGUAGGAAUAAUCAAUCCUUGAUACUGCUACUGCUCCCAUGCUUGUGCUCUCUCUUGUGUGACCUUGGGGAGCUUAGCUGCGUUGCCUGCGGGUUUAGUUGCCAGGCCAGGCCUUGUUACUGUCGAAGCCUUCGAAUAGGCGCCUUUUUAUUCUGCCUCUUAUCGGUUGCUUUCUUUCAAACAGGCCGCCCGGUUUGUUUGUGCAUCUGGCGUCGGUGAUAGGAUCAGGCCGGUGAAGUGUGCACGAAGUGUCUGUGAAAGAGACUUUGCGGGAGUGGAGUGGAGUGGAGUGAAGCCGGGGAGGCGUUCGGCGUUCGCGGCUUAUGCAAUCCGUCUUUCGAGAAGGAUUAGUUAUUACGCGAAGCGCUAUGGAAGUGUGCGCUUUACGUUGCCUUGUCAGUGCGUCGCCCACGGCCUUCUCGGCAUCUUGCCCGACAUUCUCUAUUGGAUGCGUGUCGGUAAUUUUGUAGAGGAGGUGCUGGACAGCCGUAUUGACAUGUAGCGUUGGAGAAGGAUUUGGGGUUUGAUUGAAACUAGGGUUUGGAUUUGCAACAAUGCGGACAGCCCGGUGAUGGUGGUGGUGGUGUCGGUAGAGCAAGGAUAAUGAUGUGUUGGCUUGAUGGAUCUUCAGCAAGCGAGGAUUGCUAGUGCUAUGCAGUAGGCCAGGGGUGAUGAAGUCCCAAGGCGAAGUAGGGAAGGAGAGCUUUCUGAAGGAGAGUCGUCUUGACAAUAGACAAGAUUGUGAGGACGAUGGUCAGGAAGAGUUUUUCUUGCCCGAGUGCCGUGUUGUCGUACCGCCACCUUCACAUGUGAUGUAUGAGAGAGCUUUACAAUUGGAGAAAUCACGAGAGAAUACGUUACAAUGGGAUCCGGAGAGCAGAAGACUGGUAGACCGUGUGCUGGAGGAUGUGUACACGGUUCUUCAACCGACCAAGGAGCAGAGAGCCGACCGUCGCAACGUUGUUCAAUUCGUGGAUACUUUCGUAAAACAAAGAAUCCAAGGAAGCCAUAUUAGAGUGUUUGGAUCUUUUGUGAUGGACUUAUACACAGGUUCAAGUGAUCUAGAUCUCUCCCUCAACAUGAGCUACUCACCAGUUGAUCGCUCGCGGGGCGACAAAAUUGCGAUGCUGAGAAAGUUGACGCGAGCACUCCACACUCUUCAUCAUGGCAGAAAUGGGAUGACAAGGCUUACUGUUCGCAAAAUUGAACCAGUAAUGAAAGCGGCAGUUCCUGUGGUAAAAUUUGUGGAGGUCCACACAAACAUCGAGUGUGAUGUCUCCAUGGAGAAUAUGGAUGGGGUUCUAAAAUCUGAAUUGAUAGGCAUCUUCACCAAGAUCGAUCUUAGGUAUCGGCAGCUCUGUUUCUUGCUUAAGGCAUGGGCAAAAGCUUACAAUGUGAAUGACUCAAAGAAAGGCACGCUGAAUUCUCUUUCAAUAAUCUUUCUGGCCGCAUUUCAUUUACAGACACGUUCACCACCCAUUCUUCCCUCCUUUUCCGCCCUUUUAGAAGGGUUGUUUCUGCGGGAAACAGAAAAUUGCAUUGCAGCUGUCGGGGAACGAGUGGCCCAUUAUGUGAAGAGUGGCUUUGGCAGAGACAACAAGGAGACUUUGGGCCAGCUGUUUGGUUCUUUCUUCACGAAGUUUUUGGCUGUCGAGAGCCUGUGGGAACAAGGUCUUUGUGCUAGUGUGUAUGAAGGAAAAUGGAUCUCCAAAGUAUGGGCGAAGAACCACCUUGGUUGCAUGUCGGUGGAGGAUUUUGCGGAGAGGUCCCAAAACUGUGCACGUGCUGUACGGGAAAAAGAAUUUGACGUCAUUCACCAAUCUUUUCGAGAUACAGUCGCUCACCUCAAUGCGUCUGCAGGGAGUCCUUCUCAGAUACGAGAAAUGAAACAUACGCUAUUUGGGAUUAAAUCUUUGAAGAGAACAUCCGAAGAGCCUUUGGUGCAGCCAGUGGAAAAGCAACUGAAAGCAGUUCACGGCUGGAUGAAUCCAAUUUCAGACGCACCACCGUAUGUUGGUCCAGACCCUGUGAAUGGUUUUUCGGCUGCGCAUCUACAUCAAAGUGUGUAUUCCAACUACAAUCGAGGAAUGAAUUUCUCAAGGCAAGACGUCAAUGCAUAUCAGGGUUAUGAAGAUUAUUCCGGAUGGGCUUUACACGGAGAAUAUCUUCGAGCAGAAGGUAGAGGGGUAAUUUCCCCAGUUCCAGGGGGUCAGAGACCGUAUUUUGUAGACUCUGGUCAUGACCACAUGGGGCCCGGAACUGGUCCCCGACCAUUUCCUUUACAUACUCAUCAAUCUCCAGCGGGGUAUGGUUCAAACGGAGCUCAAGGAGAAGUUCGGGAUUUUAACUACAGUGGUCGAGGCCCGGGUAUGGUCAGUCCUGCAUUCUAUCCAGUUUAUCCUCCUUACCCUCAAAUGUUCUAUCCUCCGACCUCUAUGUACAGGUCGGACGCCAGGACUGACCAUGUCACACAGCCAUAUCCUAACUGGGGUUAUAGCCAGUUGCCACAAGGACACCACCUGUCCCAAACUUCAGUUCACCGCAGUAAUAGGUAAAGAGUGGUAUGUGAGGCCAAGUUUUAACCAUAUAAAGUAUUUUGGGUUUUCCUGAGUUUUUAAAAGAGUAGAUGCGGAUGCGGACAGGAUUUGUAGGUUUUUCUAGCUUGUGCUCUCUUAAGGUAGACAGUUGUGUGCCAGCUCAUGUAAGGUGUGAUAUACGCAACUGGCACUGGAGCCGAGUAUCAUUAGUUGGGUGCUGGUAGUAAACUUCAGAUUAAGUUUUGGGUUGAUUAACCAACCUACUUGAUGGACACAGAAGCAAUGGACCAUUUUGGUAAGAGUUUUGAUGAACUCGUCAGAACAGGAGACGGGAGAACAGCACGGCUUCUGCGAGUGCACUUGGCAUACAUAAGUAUUUGGAAAGAAAAAACCUUAGUUGCCGUUUUUGGUUGAGCCCUCUGAAUACUUACUUGAAAUGCAUGUUUAUUCAGUUAAUACUAUCAGCAUAUUUUGAAUCCUUU